AUGAUGAUGGGUUACUCAUCUGAAUCCGAUAUUGACUACGAGCAGCCCCAAUACAAGCGUAAGAAAUUAUCAGAUCCGCAAGUCUGCAUCGUGUGCCAGUUCAGCGAUGCAAGAUCCACUGGCUACGACAUUGUAAUUGCACCAAAAUCAUCAUCAUCAUCAUCGUCCCCCAACACUAUGACUAUCAGGCCUGCCCUUCGCCUCAAAACCGGUCAUGAUAUGUUUGCUUUCUGUGGUCUGGGUUCCACUCUCUAUCUGUUUGACUACCAACCCUCCACGUCAGCAUACAGGCUUGACCUGUCCCCGCACCUCCUCGCCUCUGGGCCCACCGUGGAGCUGGGGAUUGACGACCUCACCCACGUGAGCUGCAUGCGCCACCCAAAGCACCUCCACCAGGCCAUCCCCACACCCGAUGGCACAAAGAUCCUCGUCUUCUCACAAGUCAUCAAAUUCAACGAAGACACAGGGUUAGCCGGAGGCAACAAUUUCGAGCUCUACGAUCCCUCAACUGACACCUGGCUUCUGCUCCCGGGAAUCCAAGACGAUUGCUUUGAUGAGGACCAUUGCUGGGCCCGCAUCAUGGACUAUGCUUUUGUGGAUGACACUACUUUCUUCAUACAGAUGGCAAGGAGAAACUCACGCAAAAGCAAAAAAACCAUCUUCUGUCUCAAUCUCGACACUAUUGCUAGGGGCUGGCAGAGGCAGGACAACUAUUUUGGGUCCCACUCGGUUUGCAUGCGGCGGAGCUUCGGCCGUUUUCAUGUGAUUGAGGAAACGCUGUGCGUGACGCCCCAUCACAUUUAUGAUCUGAGGAGGAGGAGGAGGAGGAGGAGAGAUGAAGAAUCUUUGGUGGUGGGGCCAUGGGCACCCGAUUUCCGCGAGUCGGCUGCUGCUGAUUCUGUGUGGCUUGUCGAUGGCAAUAAGGUGGGGGGAAAGUACACGUUUUGCACUUUGAUGGCAGGGAUAAGGAGAAGAACCCGGGAACCUAAACUUGUAGUGGCUCUCCACCAAUUUGAUGUUGCCUGCUAUAGAGAGCAUGAGGAGGAACUCAGCAACAGCAUCUUGCCUGGGGAACGCUUCGACAUUUUUCCCCUCGGCCACAACAAAUGUCGUGAAUUUGAUCCCAUCCACUUCUUCACCAUCUCCAACUAA